GCGUCGCUCGUGAGUCCGGUUCGCGAAAUAACAUCUAGUUAGCUUUAGUUCCUCCUCGACAGUUCUCGGCCACGCAGACGCGUCUUUCGGGUCCGGGUCUCUUCCUGGCAAGCGGCACGCACGGCAUCCGCGGCCCUGCCUACAAUUUGUCUACGCAUUGUCGACUACCCGCAGCUGUCCCCGGCGGUGAUAGAAAAACACGUGAGAACGUUCCAGAGUGGAAAGUUUCUUCACACGAGCUCAUCCUUCCGAUUAAUCCUCGUCGCCAGUCGAGGCAGCGACUUUGAACGUAUCGCAAGUGCCGGAAGCCUCAAGUAAGUCACCAACAAGAUGGACAAGAACGCACCUCCGCCACCAGGUUUUAUGCCACCUCCACCCUACACCUCUCAUGUACCUCCACAGCCUGGUGUAGUCAUCAUCCAGACACAGACAUUUGGUCCGGAUACAAUGCCGAUGACAUGUCCUUUUUGUCAUGCGACCAUUUCCACUCGGGUAAUGCAGGAAUCUGGUACAAAGACUCACAUGUUCGCGCUGAUACUGUGCUUAAUCGGAUGCUGGCCCUGUGCACCAUUCCCUUACUGCAUAGACAGUUGCCUAAUUAAAAAACAUUAUUGUCCUGCCUGUAAUGCUUUUCUUGGCCAGUAUGACAGUUAGGCUCGGAUUCCACCAAAGAAAGCAAAUGACUCAAGGGAUGGUAUGAAGUGUUUUAGUCUUAUGUAAUUGGAGUUUGGAACAGAGAUCAACAUUUUCAACUUUUCCUGUUUACUAAUUUCUAACGCAUAAUCUUGAUAUAUUCAUUCUUCCAUGUUGUCUUCUUUUGACAAAAACAAAAAUGUUUUGUAAAGAUAUACGUUUUUUUUAUACAACACGUUAUGUACGACAUAUCUAGGUAUAUGCUUACGUAAGUUCCUUAUAUGUUACAUAUAAAUUAAGCGCCUUUAAAGAUAACCAAGAAUGUGUAUUCCUGCUUCAAGAAGACUAAGAAUAAUGUAAAGCAUCUCUAAUACCGUUUAAUGGUUUUUUAAAACGGUAAAUACGUCGCACGAGAAUCCUGUUAGCGAGCAAGACAGUAUUUAAUCUACAAUUGCAAUUUGUUAAUUCCAUUCUUUCCAUAUAUAUAUAUAAAAGUAUAAUAAUAAGUGACAGUUGGUGGAAAAAGAUGUUUUCAAGAUUUCUGAAAAAUCUGUGCUCCACCCUGUGCUCUAAUAAUUCUAUCAAUAGCAUUUGAUAAAAAUAAAACUCUAAAAGUAGUAAUAUAAGUAACGCAAAUACAAUUGAAAUUAAUUUUGCUUACCUUUUGUAUAAAGUUUACAAAUUGUCAAAUUGUACUGCUUUUCAUACACUUGUAAAUUAUUUUUUAUUCAAUAAAUACAAUACGUUAAAGAUAA